GGCGCGGACUGCGACCGCGCCUCAAAGAACCCAAAUAGGGGAGGGCUGGGUGGGUGUUGCUCCUCGGAGGCGGCUCCGGCUCUGGCUCCGGGCUUGACCACCAUCCUACAUCCAUCCCCCCGUAAUGGCCCCGGUCCGAUCCAACCCAGCUGGCUGGAUCCGGACUGAUGACGCGCACCCCUAACUUGGCGCGUGAGGCAGGGACGGACCGGACCUGGCUGACGAUACGCAUCCUCGGCUUGGUGCGUGGAGCCGGAACGGACCUCCUCAGGCUGACGACUCGCCUCCCUGGCUUGGUGCGCGUAGCAGGCAUAGGCUGAACCAUGUUGACGACUCGCCCCCUUGGUUUGGUGCGAGUAGCCGGAACGAGCUGACCCAGGUUGACGACUCGCACCCUUAGCCUGGUGCGAGUGGCAGGAACAGUCCGGGUUGGGCCGGCGACGCACACCGUAGUUUUGAUGCGUGGAGCAGGAACCGGCCGGGCUGGGCUGGCGACGCACCCCUUUGGCUUGGUGCGUAGAGCAGGGACAGGCCGGGCUGGGCUGGCGACGCACCCCUUUGGCUUGGUGCGUAGAGCAGGAACGGGCAGAGCCGGGCUGACGAGACGCACCACAGGCUUGAUGCGGAAAGCAGGCACGGGCCGUGCCGGACUGACGACGCACACCACUGGCUUGGUGCGGGAAGCUUGGAUGGACCGGACUGUACUAGGGACACACACCACUGGCCCUACACCGGGAUCUGGAACGGGCCGGACCGGACUGGCAACACACGCCAGUACCUCUCGCCGUGCCUCUACUUCCUCCAUCCCCUCUUCGACCAGUGGCCCCCGUAACCCGGCGGCCUUCUCCAGCAACCCACUGGGCCGCUCUAUCGCGGCCUCCUGCUGGUCCGACGUCGUGAGCCCCCCCCUAAAAAUUUUCGGGGCGUCUCUCCUACCCGUGGACCAGGUCUCCAUAUCCCUCGCCAGCCUCUCGCCCUUCUGCCAUAGUGUCAAGCCCUUCUCCUCCUCACUCGGCUUGACCCAGUCCAGGAGGCGAAGGAGAUCUGUGAGGGAUCUCCCUGGCGACGGCUCCUGGACACGCUGCUUGGUCCCAUCUUGGUGGGUUUUUCUGUCACGAUCGUCUAAUGAGGAGGACCAAUGCGCAGCAUUGAAGGUGAACAUGACUUUAUUAAAUUAAAGCCUAAACACGAAAACAACAAAACAAAUGACGAUACGUGAAGUCCACAGUGACAAUGACUGUACAGGAACAAAAACCCACAAACACAAGGUGAAAACACACAGUUUAAAUAUGGCUCCCAAUCAGAGAUAACGAGCCGACAGCUGACACUCGUUACCACUGAUUGGGAGUCACACGACCAAACAAGGAAACAACCACAUAGACAACCCAACCAAACAGAACACAACGAAACGAACACACCCUGGCUCAACAUACAAAGUCCCGGAGCCAGAGCGUGACAUGAGGAAGUCACCUGGAAUGCAUUUCAAUUAACAGGUGUGCCUUCUUAAAAGUUAAUUUGUGUAAUUCCUUUCCUUCUUAAUGCGUUUGAGCCAAUCAGUUGUGUUGUGACAAGGUAGGGGGGGUGGUAUACAGAAGAUAGCCCAAUUUGGUAAAAGACCAAGUCCAUAUUAUGGCAAGAACAGCUCAAAUAUGUAAAGAGAAACGACAGUCCAUCAUUACUUUAAGACAUGAAGGUCAGUCAUUACGGAACAUUUCAAGAACUUUGAAAGUUUCUUCAAGUGCAGUCGCAAAAACCAUCAAGCGCUAUGAUGAAACUGGCUCUCAUGAGGACCGCCACAGGAAUGGAAGACCCAGAGUUACCUCUGCUGCAGAGGAUAUGUUCAUUAGAGUUACCAGCCUCAGAAAUUGCAGCCCAAAUAAAAGCUUCACAGAGUUCAAGUAACAGACACAUCUCAACAUCAACUGUUCAGAGGAGACUGUGUGAAUCAGCCACUACUAAAGGACACCAAUAAGAAGAAGAGACUUGCUUGGGCCAAGAAACACGAGCAAUGGACAUUAGACCGUUGGAAAGUUGCUCUUUGUGAGACGCGGUGUGGGUGAACGGAUGAUCUCUUCAUGUGUUUUUCCCACCUUAAAGCUUGGAGGAGGAGGUGUUAUGGUGUGGGGGUGCUCUGUGAUUUAUUUAGAAUUCAAGGCACACUUAACCAGCAUGGCUACCACAGCAUUCUGCAGCGAUACGCCAUCCCAUCUGGUUUGGGCUUAGUGGGACUAUCAUUUGUUUUUCAACAGGACAAUGACCCAACACACCUCCAGGCUAUUUUACCAAGAAGGAGAGUGAUGGAGUGCUGCAUCAGAUGACCUGGCCUCCACAAUCCCCCGACCUCAACCCAAUUGAGAUGGUUUGGGAUGAGUCGGACCGCAGAGUGAAGGGAAAGCAGCCAACAAGUGCUCAGCAUAUGUGGGAACUCCUUCAAAACUGUUGGAAAGCAUUCCAGGUGAAGCUGGUUGAGAGAAUGUCAAGCGUGUGCAAAGCUGUCAUCAAGGCAAAGGGUGGCUAUUUGAAGAAUCUCAAAAAUAGGAUAUAUUUUGAUUUGUAUAACACGUUCUUGGUUACAUACAUGAUUCCAUAUGUGUUAUUUCAUAGUUUUGAUGUCUUCACUAUUGUUCUACAAAUAGUACAAAUAGUAAAAAUAAAGAAAAACCCUUGAGUGAGUAGGUGUGUCCAAACUUUUGACUGGUAGGGGAGGUGGCAGAAGCAAGUCUUGAACUAUUUGUGUUUAUGUCUCCUCUCCUCUCCCUGCCCCAGCAUGGACGGCUUCAGACUGGUCAAGCUCAAUGAGGUCAUCAGACAGGUGGACCUGGUCAUCACCUGCACGGGUAAGACAUGAUGUCAUCACCCACAGAGGUCCUGUGAAUGGUCCAGUAAAGAGACUGUAGGCUAGGAAAGCCUUCACUCACACACACUACAGCUCCAAAGAGUUAGCUAUAGAAUUAGAUUAGAGUGCUUUUAAAGCCAAAAAUGUACCUAUAAAUGUGUACUCUCCAGUAGGAGUGUUUCUCGGGUUACCAACCCUUUCAGUGGUCCUGUAAUGAGACUGUGAUAAAUUAUAACAGGCAAUUAUAGGUUAUGACCAGUGGUUAAAUUGAGCCGGAGCUUUCCGGUAACAGGUCAAAGGGAGAGCCAGCACCUUACGGGUUCAAAGAUGAAAGUGAAAGAUAAAAAGUAGGAUUUAAAAUUGGAUAAAAGGACACUAAACUGGAAUUAGGGUUUAGCCUAAUACCUUAUGUACACAAUGCAAGAAUGCUAAGCAAAAUGGCGAUUCUGCGAAUUGACUGCACACAUCUGCGUAGUUUUGCGAUGCAAUGCCGUUUUGCAUAGCUACUUGUAUUUCUUCCAUGCGUACGUAGGGUAUAAAUCAGGCUGUAGGGGUUGGGGUUGAGGCUAGUGUUAGGGUUGAACUGGGAUGUGGACAUGAAGCUAGGGUUAGGGUUGAGGCUCCAGUUAGGUUAGAACCGGAAUGUGGACAUGAAGCUAGGGUUAGGGUUAUGCCAAGAUUAGGGUGAGGGUUAUGCCAAAUUAGGGUUAUGGUUAGCGUUCAGAACCUAGCCCUAACCCUAGUUCCAGCCCCAGUCCUAACUCCAUCUCCAUCUCCAACCCUAAUCCUAACCCCUAUAUAAUAACUUAGAACAAGCUAUGAUAGGUUAUCACCAGCUAUGAUGACAAGUUUUUUUUUUGUUACCUUUAUUUUACCAAGGCAGGUCAAUAAGAAUGAAUUCUUAUUUACAAUGACAGCUAGGUUAUGAGGGUUAGGUUAUGAUAGGCAAUGAUAGGUUAUAACAGGCUAUGACAGUUUAUGACAGACUAUGAAAGCCUCAGUGUUUGUCUUCAGGCAACAAGAACGUGGUGGCAAGAGAGUACCUGGACAGGAUGAAGAACGGCUGCAUCGUCUGUAACAUGGGACACUCCAACACUGAGAUAGACGUGGUGAGACGUGUGCGUGCGUGUGUGCAUGUGUGUACAGAUGUAGGAUCUUAAUUUCAUCACUCUUGUUGCUGAUCCGUAUAAUAAUUCACAUUUCCUGUUGCUGCAGGAUUUUUCUGCUGUAGCAAACUGGCUCAAAUUAACAUCCUACAUCUGUGAGUGUCUGUAUGUGUGUGUGUGUGUGUGUUUGAGGUUGACAGACUGUGUUUUUCCUCUGUCAGGUGAGUCUGCGGACCCCAGAGUUGACCUGGGAGAAAGUGAGAUCACAGGUGGACCAUGUUAUCUGGCCCGAUGGCAAGAGAAUCAUCUUACUGGCUGAAGUGAGUGUCUGUGUGUGUGUAUGCUUGUUGCCUGAGUGUGUGUCAGGUGUGUGAUCACUGGUAUGUGUGUGUGUGUAAUUCACAGUGUUUGUGUGUUUUCUCAGGGUCGUCUGUUGAAUCUGAUCUGCUCCACGGUGCCCACCUUUGUCCUCUCCAUCACCGCCACCACACAGGUCUGUCUGUCUCUCACACAGGUCUGUCUGUCUCUGCACGCAUGACUGUAAGUCGCUUUGGAUAAAAGCGUCUGCUAAAUGGCAUAUUAUUAUUAUUAUUAUUAUAACUCAUGGUCGCAGCAAACACACAAGCUGUACUGCUGUUUUGUGGAGUGCUUCAUGUAUGCGUUAUGAAAAGGGACAGGCCUUUGUAUCCACAGUCUCUUUGUAAUUUAAAUAUUUUCUAUGUAUACUAUUUCUAUAACGUAACGUAAUGCCCUCAGGCGCUGGCUCUGAUAGAGCUGUACAACGCCCCAGAGGGACGAUACAAACAAGACGUCUACCUCCUGCCCAAAAAGAUGGGUAAGACACACCACCUCACCUACCUACUGCCUCGUUACACAGGUUUUGACAGGGUGUACUGUGUGUGUGUGUGUGUGUGUGUGUGUGUGUGUGUGUGUGUGUGUGUGUGUGUGUGUGUGUGUGUGUGUGUGUGUGUUUUCAGAUGAGUUUGUGGCCAGUCUCCACCUGCCAACGUUUGAUGCCCACCUCACAGAGCUGACUGAUGAGCAGGGCAAAUACCUGGGCCUCAGCAAGACCGGACCCUUUAAACCUAACUGCUACAGGUGGGGAAACUCUCUCACACACACACACACAUACAUUCACAUCUGCAUUUGCCUACUCUCAUGCAUAUAAUACACAUAUACACACUAAAAUCAGGAAUGAACAUGAAGAGUAAAGUAAUUUGGUGUUACAGUAUGUUCCUGUAAGUGACAGUGAGUGUGUUCAUUGCAGAUACUAAUCUAUGGAAGUGAAGACCAAAGAUGUACCAUACCAUCCCAAAGACAUAUGUGGCUCAGUGGGAGGGAGGACCAGGGAGACCUGGCUCAGAUGUGUGUUUGUAGGGGAACUAUAGUCCAGCACUGACGGGUAACACAACAACCAUGAUGGUCUGACUGACCUUUAACCCCUGUCCUGUGACCUCUGCUGAGCCAUCUGACCUCACUGGAGGGCCAUCGCUGGUCUGAGAGAAUUUAUAUGUUGAUAAGCUCGUUUUUUUAUGUAUAUACUGUAUUAUUGUGAACAGAAGCAGAAAUGAUCAUUUCUCACCAGAAUCAUAUCCCAAGGCCAGACUCUGUUGCCGGGUUUGGGUUUUCUAUUUGCCAUGAUUUGUAUCUAUUGUCUGAAGUGGCGGGGUUUGGAGGAGGUGUUCGUUAUUUAGCAGAAUCUUACAUAGAAGAUCAAGUUGAAAUAACACAUAUGGAAUCAUGUAUGUAAGAACACAGAUUUUUUUAAAAAUAUAAUCUUACUUUCAAUCUUCCCAAAGAUAUCUAAAUAAUGUUUAACUUUCUGAAUGUAAACAAAGCAGAUAUGUAAUAACAAAUAGGUAAAAGAUUAAUAAAAUGUUACAUUUUACCAUAUUUCUUUCCUCCUCUUUUUCAAAGAUAAAGUUGUGACCCACCUGCUAGUCAGACUAAUAAACACUUCUCUCCUCAAACAGCUUGUCUGUCUCUGUAGUUCUAACUGUAGUUCUAACUAUGCCCACUAGGUGGUGCAAUGAAGCUAGUCAAAGAAGUGUAGUGGCUGUUCUGUGGAUGUUUCUGGAGUUUAGUGACUAACACACACACACACACACACACACACACACACACACACAAAGGAUACAGUGGCAGAUGGACCUGUGUAUUUGUUUAGGUCUUCCUUCCUGACCUGUAGAUAAACUGUUGGGUGAGGAGGUAGACUGAUCCAGAGUCAUUACUUACUGUAAGUGCCCUUCUGGAUGGGAGAGGUGAUGUUGGUAGAGCAUGGCGCUUGCAACGGCAGGGUUGUGGGUUCGAUUCCCACGGGGCGCCAGUAUGAAAAUGUAUGCACUCACUAACUGUAAGUCGCUCUGGAUAAGAGUGUCUGCUAAAUGACUAAAAAUGUAAAUGUAAAUAACAGUCAGGGCUUUUGGGAAAAUUACUCCCAGUGUGGUUGCCAUUUAUUUUAGUAUUAUCCAGUGGCGAUUUUAACAUGUAAAUCUUGGUGGGGCAAAAACAAAAAAAGUGGGAUGCGUGCCAGCAAAGCCACGACACAACACAACAGUAAACAGUACAUUAAUUGCACUAUAACGGUGACAAACGGUGCCCACAAACUGUUAGGGCCUACAUAAAGCGGUCCCAACAGCAGUCCCAUCAUCUUACCACUGCUACACUUGGCUAUCAGCAGAGCCUUGUCUGGCAGCGAAACAGUUCAUUCAGCCUCAUUUACUGCCUUUUAAAAAAACAUAGCUGAUAUGGCUGACUUGCUUAAACAAAUGUGGUUUCAGAAUUCAGAACAUGGGUCGUUCUUACAGUGUUCUACCUGUACACCAAGUCAGAACCGUAGGAUAAGGGGGCAUAUAAGCAGACAAUGAAAGCUCUUACAAUAUUUGACGAUUACAUUUCUCUAAAACAGGUUAUAGGCUACAUGUGCACCACCAAGUCAGAACAGUAGGCGAAAUUAAGAGGGGUAAAUAGACCAAAUUAUUAGGGUGAGGCACAUAGGCUACUAACAUCUUACUACACAACAUACACUUAGUAUUACUUUCUUAGCUACAGUAUACAUAUCUCCCUGGCAUAUUACAUCAUUUAUGCAGCAGCAUACAAAAAUGUUUGCACUCACCUUGUUGUGCUGUGCUCACUUGAACAGGAAGGUGGCGCGGCUGUCCUUCGUGGGCAAAUUAUGUCAUCAAAGAGAAAGAGGCAGGAUUUACAAUUCCGAGUUGGAUGACCGUUCAAAACGUAUUUUCCCAGUCAGAGCUUGUUUAUUCCCAACUUCCCAGUUGUCUUGAACUCACUGAAGUCAAGUUUUCACAGUUCCGAGUUAACAGUUGUUUUGGGCGUGGCACAAAUCAUGCUUCAUUGACAGCAUGGCCAAUGUUGAAUGUUUAUCAUUUUAAACUUGGAAAAGAGCCCCUUAAUCCCAGAUUUGGGACUACACAGCCACUCCACUGAAUAGUAGGCUAGUGAUUGCUUUGCAAUUCUUGCAGUUAGCCACUGUCACCGAUUCCUUCCAAACCACUCAUUGUUGAAUUUGCGAUUUCCAACUUGUUGUGUAAUGUUUAUGUCCAAUAUGAGCACCGAUACGUUUUAUCUAUAAUUUCUCUUCAUUAUUUCUCUUCAUAUGACAAGGAUUAAAAAGGAUUUGCCAGUAGAUUGUCUACCUGAUUCAUGAUGAUGACUGGUAGCUAAGAUUUUGAAAGUAUGAUGUUGACAUGAUCAGUCCAAUCAAAGCUACUAUACAUAUAUCGUGAUUUGACGUCAUUUUAUCUGUGGCCAAUUACCUUGAGCCUUGUUGGAUGGGCACUUCUAAUGUAACUCUAUGGCAGCACCCAAGGGGCUUGAAUUUUCUAGCUCUACCCUUAGACUUGGCGUGAUGUAGUGUCCCCAUGAGUGACAGAACACUGAGUCAAUCACGGCGCAACGCUCUGUAUUUUCUGCUGGCUUGCUCCACCACCACUGAGCUAGGCUAAAACACCUGCAUUUUGGAGCUGCCUUACUCAAGAAAACAAAAAAAGAGACCAUGUUUGUAUGCGGCUUUAUUAACUCAAUUAUAUUUAUUUUUUACAUUGUUUGCAAACUGAUAUGUGACACGUAUUAAUGCCAAAAUAACAUGCAAAACAUAUGGGGCUCUGCCCCACCUGCCCUGACUCCACUGGUAGUAUCUCUCUCUCUCUCUCUCUCUCUCUCUCUCUCUCUCUCUCUCUCUCUCUCUCUCUCUCUCUCUCUCUCUCUCUCUCUCUCUCUCUCUCUCUCUCUCUCUCUCUCUCUCCUGGUGAGCUGGGUGUUGCUUUGACUCAUCCAAGGUGCACGGCCGGUGUUAUGGGCGGGCCUUAG